AUGCCUCCAAAGGGUCCCAAAAUACCUGCGUCUUCGCACGCUAAAGAGCAACAAAACGUCUCGAUAGAAGACCUGCUUUUCCCCAGAAGUACAAUCGUAAAUUUGGCCAAAGAUACGGCCCUGGUAGGUGCAGAUGCUAAUGCUGCAAACGAAGAAGAACAGAAAAAGGUAAUCUUGUCAAAAGAUGCGGUCACAGCGCUCCAGCGCGCGGCCACGGUCUUUGUGAACUAUUUGAUGCUAGUUUCUCGCGAAGGUGCGACUUCUCAGAUUCGGAAAAGCUGCAACGUCGACGAUGUGCUGGCAGCUCUGGACUAUUGUGGGCUCGAGGGUCUCAAAGCCGUCGUGCGAGCUAGACUUGACGAGUACAGCAGAGCUCUCGAGCUGCGGAAACUGAAAAAACAGCAAGAAACCGGGAGUGUGCCGGAAGCAGGCCCGGAAGCAGAUGAACCAGAAACUCAGGAGGACGUGGAGAUAUCUGAACCCAUAGAUACUUUCGCCAAAAAGCCCAGACUGGAAGGAUGA